AUGGACAAGCCAUCCGUACAACACCUCGAGCGACACGUCCCCGAGGGCGUCCAUGUGCACGACUCGUACGCCGUCGACGAGACCAACACUCCCGUGACGGUCAUCGGGACGUUCGGACAAGAUCCCGACGCGAAGCAGUCCAUCUCGUGGAAGACCUGGGUAAUCGUGUCCCUCUGCUGCCUCGCCCAGAUGCAAAACACCUUCCUGGGUAUCGCACCCGCUGCGAAUGCCUACACCAUCGCAGGCGUCCUCGGCGCCGACUCGUCGAAGCGGAUCUGGAUCGUCCAGGCUCAAGGCGUGCCUUCCAUCGUGACUGGACCUAUCAUGGCGAUUAUCUCGGACGUCUACGGCCGUCGCUACGUCGUCCUCUUCGCCUGGCUCCUCUUUUGCGUCGGCGCCAUCGUCGCCAUGACCGCCAACAACGUCAACGGUGUCAUUGCCGGCCAAGCCUUGAACGGUGUCGCGGCUGGUAUCUCAGGUAUCAUGUACGCCAUUGCGUCCGAGGUCACGCCUAGCGUGUACCGCGCGUGGGUUCAGUCGGUCGUCAACUUGGCCUCGUCGACCGCUGCUAUCCUCGCUCUCAUCGCCAUGACCGCCGCUUCGCAGGCCGACGCCGUCAACGGCUGGCGCUGGGUCUUCCGCACGAUGCUCCUCUUCGACGGCAUCCUCCUCCUCGGAUUCGGCUUCUUCUACCACCCUCCUCCCCGAACCGCAACCCGCCACACCCUUCUCCAGAAGCUCGCCUCGCUCGACUGGAUCGGCUACUUCCUCCUCAUUGCAGGCCUCGUCCCCCUCCUCAUGGGCUUCGCCUGGUCCUCCGACUCGACUAUCGGAUGGCACGACCCGCACUCUUACGCUUGCGUCGCUGUUGGAUUCGCGGGACUUAUUGCUUGCUGCCUCUACGAGUGGAAGGGCACCAAGACCGGAUUCCUCGACCACCGCCUGUUCCAGCAUGGCCGCAACUUCCCGCUCUCGCUCUUCCUCAUUGCGGUGGAGGGCAGUCUCUUCUACCUCGUCAACAACAUCUACUCCUCGGAGGUCAACGGUCUCUGGGCGAUGCCAGGCACCAUGAACGCCUCAGCCCGCCUCCUCCCCUUUUUCCUCGUCAUCUUCGCCGUCGCACCAGUCAUGUCGUGGUACGUCACCAAGUACAAGGACCUCAAGUGGCCCCUCUGCGUCGGGUUCUUGUGCUUCGCGGUCGCGACGAUUGGGUUUGCGAUGUCUGGCACGAACGGAAACAUGGCGACUGCUUUCAACGCCAUCGGCGGUAUCGGCUUCACCGCUCCCCUCACCCUCCUCAUCACGCUCGUCCAGCUCUCGACUCCCCCUCUCUUCAUCGGUAUCGCUUCGGCGCUCACCAUCUCGGUCCGCACGCUCGGCGGUGUCGUCGGCUACGCCAUCGCAGAGGCUAUCUACGGCUCGUUCACCAACACCCAGAUCCCCGAGAACAUCCUCAAGGCCGUCAUCCCGAUGGGCUUCAACCCGCAAUACCUCGGCCCUCUCAUCGGCUUCCUCAUGAGCGGCCAAGGCCUCGCCGCGAUCCCCAACAUCACCGGUCCCAUGAUCGGUGCUGCCUCCGCCGCCCUAAAGGAGACCCAAGCCCACGCGUACAAGAUCGUCUGGUUCGCUUUUUUGCCGGGCUCCGUCCUCGCCGCUAUCGGCUGCGCAAUGUUCCAUAACCCGAAGGAGAGGAUGAACUGGGUUACGGACGCUCCGCUCGACACGAAGAAAAUUGGAGCGCACCACGACCGCGAGGCGCACGCUGAUUCGGAGUGGUCGGCGGAGCAGGAGAAGGUUGCGGUUUGA